GCCGCCGCCUCCGCGCACAACAUGGCGGCGCGGGCGGGCCGGGCCGCCGGGCUGUGAGGGAGGGACGGAGGGGCGGGCGGGCUGCCCCGGGGCCCGCCGCGGCCACCAUGACCUACACGGCGGAGCAGCUGGACGGCGUGCGGCGGAUAAAGCGGUGUCGGAACUACUAUGAAAUCCUGGGGGUGGAGAAGGAUGCCAGCGAGGAGGACCUGAAGAGAGCGUACCGCAAACUGGCCCUCAAAUUCCACCCUGACAAGAACCGUGCCCCCGGAGCAACGGAGGCGUUCAAAGCAAUAGGAAAUGCUUUUGCAGUUCUGAGCAACCCUGAGAAAAGAUUACGAUACGAUGAAUUCGGAAGUGACCAGGAGCAUGUCAGCACGUGCCAGCCCAGGCACUACAAUUACUACACAGAAUUCGAAGCAGACAUUACACCAGAAGAAAUAUUCAAUGUGUUUUUUGGUGGGCACUUUCCUACAGGAAAUAUCCACAUGUUCUCAAAUGUAGCCAGAGACACACACUAUUAUCCACAGAGGCACCGGAAUGAAAGAGCAUGGACACAGGAGCAAGAGGAGGAGGAAACUAGGCCACAGAAUUCAUAUUCUGCGUUUAUUCAGUUGAUGCCAGUUUUCAUCAUCAUAAUUGUGUCAGUUAUAACUCAGCUGAUGGCCACAAACCCACCCUACAGCUUGUUCUACAAAUCGUCCAUAGGCCAUGUGAUUAGUAGAGAAACCGAGAACUUGCAGGUGCCUUACUACGUUGAUAAAAACUUCGAGAGGAAUUAUCAAGGAGCAGAACUUCAAGAGCUAGAGAAAACCGUUGAAAAAGAUUACAUAGACUACAUUCAGACCAGCUGCUGGAAGGAGAAACAGCAAAAGUCUGAUUUGUCAAAUUUGGCCAAGCUGUACAGAGACGAGCGGUUAAAGCAGAAAGCAGAAUCCCUGAAACUUGAGCACUGUGAGAAGCUCUCCAGUCUGAUUGGAAUGCACAAAGGGGGCUGACCAGGACGCACACGUUCUGUAGUUUUAAUUUAUUGCUGUUUUAACUUAUGGUUUUAUUUUCCUUUGUAUAAAAAGGGAAGGAGUCUAUUGUAAAAAGUGUGGAUAUUUGAGUCCUUCUGCAUAGAGUGCAGAGAGGGGCCAACACAAGCUGCGGAGCUGGUGUUUGCUGUAAUAUAUACUGUACACUAUAUUGGUUCCAAGGACCAGUGGCACUUUGUAAAUGAAUCCCCUGGGAAACGCUAUUAUUAGUUUGGAGCCCUUCCUCGUCAGUAGUUUGUCUGCCAUCCAGACAGUGUGUGCUUCCCAGGAGGGCAGACAAAUGUCUUUGCUUUCUGUGUUUGACAUGGACCUGCAGCUCACUGAUCACAGGAACAGCGUGCUCUCACAGACCAACGCAUGGCCCUGCUGCUGCAGUGGGCUCUCAUGAGAAUGUAGAUGGAAGGCGGCGUGUUCCCUGUUGGGUUUCCUGUUCAGUGUGAUGUGCAGUGCUUCCUUCACAAGAGACAGGAACCUGCUUCAGGUGAGCACCCGAGCACACUCCCUGCUCCUGGAGGGACUUCACACCGGGCUUGUUGGACUGGAGGGCUGUGCCUGUGCUGCUACGUGGUGAGACGGCACCAAGAUCCCAACAGCAACAUCAAACCAGAAGAUGAAUUGCACCAAUUCCAGCAGCUGUCGAGCUGCAGAGAAAGGACAGCCCUAUUUAUUUUCUCAGAUGUUUCCAGUGGCAUAUUUUCAGGCUGGCUGUUUAAUUCUCAUUUUUACCUGCAAACUCUUCUCCAGCUGUUACAGGGGUCCUGCUUUUUCUGGUACAGGUUUGAUGUAGCAUAUUUUUACUCUGUUGAGCAGUUAUGAAUGUUUCACUGUAGAUAUUAGUAUUGCAAAGAAAAAAGAUCCAUGUA